AUGUUAGGUAAGCCCCCUGCCCCUAGGAGUGGUCAGUUCAAAUGUUGAAUCUGGAGUUAAAUGAAAGCAAGAUGUGACUGUUAGGUCCAUUCCUGGACAACUCUGGGGUUGCGGUGCUCAUCUCGCUUUCUUGGCCGAGGGAGCCGGUGUACAGCUUCUGGGUCAUGUGGCCAGCAUGACUAAGCCGCUUCUGGCGAACCAGAGCAGCGCACGGAAGCACCGUUUACCUUCCCGCCGGAGCGGUACCUGGGGAUUUGAACUGCCAACCUUCUGAUCGGCAAGCCCUAGGCUCUGUGGUUUAGACCACAGCGCCACCCGCAUCCCUAGGAAUAAGCAUGAGCAAAUGCAAUGCUAUUUGUGCAGGAGAUUUGUGAGCAGACUUCCCAUACCCCCCCCCCCCCAUUUACCUAAUGGCGGCCAGAAGGGACUCUAAUUUUGGCCAGGGCAAUGCUGCUCAGGGAAGAUAGGCUUUAUUUUAUUUUAUGUAUUUAUUUAAAUAAUUUUUAUUUUGCUCUUCAGCCAAAUAAAGACUUCUAGAGCAGCAUAUAGGCAACCGUAAAUGAGACAUUUAUGGCUGCUCUCAGGCUUACAUUCUAAAAAGACAUAGCACAAAAGGAAAAUGGGUGGGAAGGAGGAAAUAAUCAAACUCAGGUGCAUGUUCUUAAUUACAGGUACUUCUAGUGGCCAGCUUAUCUGGAAAAUCUCAAGGAAAGAGGAAAUUUGUAUUUCACCCUUUCUCCUGUGCCAUUUCUUGAAUCAAAACCCUUCCCACUCCCCCCCACCCCACCAAGUUGCUAUUAGUGGAAACAUCCUGGGCACGUGCAUGUUUACUGUGGCAUUAAAACCUUAAUCUCUAUUCAUCUACAGCAGAUGUGGAGAACCUUGGCCCUCCAGAUGUUGAUGAACUACAACUCCCAUCAGCUCCAUCAAGCAUGGGCAGGGGCCAGGGGAUUUAUAAUUCACCAACAUUUGGAGAGCCAAAGGUCCCCCACACCUUAUAGAUCUCAAUGGUGUUUGACAGAGUAAAAGGGGGCAAGCUUACAAAUUAGAAAUUGCCUCAGGGCAGAGGAAGGAAAUGCAGACGGGGUAAAGGAGUGCUGGUGGAAUAUUUCAGUGAAACAUAUUUAGCCCCAGCUGCUGCUGAAUACACGGAAGCAGACUUUCUGCCAAAGGUUUCGCAAAAGGAAAAAAGUGGGUGGCGGUGCUAUGAAUGGAUGGGAAAGUAUCCACAAGGGAUCCCUGUUACAUCCUAGAGGAGGCUGCCUCAUUCUAAGAAGGGCAUUCUUUGCAUUUCUGGAAGAGACAAGCAAGUCUUCUGCCAGGCCACAGAGAUAUAAAAAUCCAGAGUCUACCCUCCACCUGCCCCAGCAUCCUGCUUCCAUCAGUGGUCAGCAGCCAGACGCCCCGGGAAGCCCACAAAGCAUGGCAUAGAGACAAUAGCCAUCUCCUCCUGUUGUGCCGCCCUCCCACUGCCAGCAUCUGGUAUAGAGUAGACUGUCCCUGCUUGUGGAGGCUCCAUUUGGCUCCAUGUCUACUUGCUGCUCCACCGUUCCCAUUUAGCUAUUAUGGCUAAUGGGUAGCUGUUUAUAAAUUGGCAAGGUAUUUUGGCCAGGGCGGAAAAGUGCCGGGCUUUUCCUGCAGCUCCAGUUGGGCUGCUGUUGUUAGCACAGAGCCCUCCCUCUGGCCCUCCCCAGCCCCGUGGAACUCGACUCCUCUUUUCAGGGCCCGUGAAUGACUGAGUCCCUCGCUCCUUUCUUUCCCAGGCUGGCUGAAUGGGCCCAGCCAUGCCCAGCGUUGGCAGUGCCAGGCGGAGACGUGCUUCUCCGCAUGGAUUCCCCAGCCCAUGCCGGCUGUGUGUGUCAGUGUGUGUGUGUGUCUGUGUGUGUGUCGGGUGGGGGGAUCCUGGCUGUGUGAGUUUCACAUGAAGAAUAAGGAGCUGGCUCUGUAACAACAAGCAGUUUGAUCCUAAACGGGGACGUGCGAGGACUCCAAAGGCUUCCCAUUUGUGGAAUCCACGGGUUCUUCAACUUGGAAGCCUUUGAAUCCUAGAAACUGUGUGUGGUUAUGCACUCCUCAUGUGCUCAGGGGAAGGCUUGUCAUUUCUUCCUUCGUCCGCAUAUCACUGGGCAAAGCCCUACCAUCCAGAUAAUUACACGCAGGCACUCCAAAUGUUGCUGGACUCGUGACUCAGCCAGCGUGGCCAGGAAUGAUGGGAACUGUAGUCCAGCAAUAUCUGGAAGGAGGCAGGUUCUCCGGCCCUUCACAAAGAUCUACAGCUCUCUGAAUGUUCCACCCACCUUCCCAGAAGACUGACUUUUAACAGGUAGGUGGGACGGCCCACAUGCCCAUCAUCUGAUGCUACAUUGAUGUAAGGUGAUUGGCAGGUGGGUUUUCCCACCCAUUUGUCCAAGUUGGCCCUUGGGAGUGGCCCAAGCAGGACCAGACUUCCUGAACCGGAUGGGUCAAUCCUACUUCAGGUUCAGGUACACCAGCCAGUUUCCCCACAAAAUGACAUCAGGGUGUGGGGCAGUUGGCCAUUGGUGCAGAAAAAUGGCAUGGCGGGACAAAUGGGGAAGUCUGAUGUUUGGCCUGUGAAUUAGAUUUGGCCCGUUGACCCCUGAACUAGAGACUAGAUUUCCCUUUGUGGCACGGCAAGAAAAGCAUUGCUUUUCACAUCUCUGUGAGUCUGGUUCCUGGACCAGGGACAGUGACAGAGCCAAGGGUGCUGGGGGGAGGGGGGUGUCAAUUCUAACUCGUGGCCAAAAUUGUCCACCAAAACAGAGGCUGGGAAACAGACAUUUGCUCUUUGACAUAUAUGGCUAAAUCGCAUCGCAAAACUGCACUGAGCUGGCAGCACGGCUGCCUUUGAAGGUCUUGUCUUUAGAACGGCUGGUUGGUCUUGAGAUGACGUGUCCGUGGUCCUCUCUCCUUUCUGCUCAUUUUGUCACACUUGCAAGUAUUUACAUAUUUCACUAUCGGCUAGUCUCCAGACCAUAUAUGUCUAAUAUAUUGUGGUGGUCUCUUUGGAAGGGUUUGCAUUGAGUGUGUUCACAGCCUCGGCUCUGGCGCCUGGGCCUCUGCACAAUAUUUCACCCUUCCCCUUCUUUGGCUGACGUGUGCCCGGGAGCUUCCUGCCUCCCCCUCUCUCUUGACCAGGUCACAUACCAUACUCUGCUAUCUAUUAUUCCUAGGGCUGCCAGACCUCCAGGGCUGCCCUGAAGCCUCCAGGUUUGCUUGGCCCCUUCCAGCUGGCAGGGGGAGGGCUCCAAUCUCCACGUGGGAGAGCGUGCCUGAAAAAAAAUUGAUCAAGAAGACUACACAUGCAGCUUGCAAGUUUUAGUCCAGCAGGAGCCAGCUCCAAAUUAUUGCACAGACUCUUUGAGGGAUCUGCCCUCCUCCCCUCCCCUCUCCCAAUGAACCUCCGUCUCCAGGGCUCAGUGGUGGGAGGGAGCGCAAAGGAAGAAUCACCAGGGCCCACCCCCAUGACAACACCAGGGCUUGUCUCCCUAUGACCCCCAGGGCUGGCCCGAGGGGUUUUGCCUACACCCUGCCACCAGUCUUGCCCUGAUGCAGUGGCAAGGGCAGUGGGAUUAUGUGGGCCACGGGUGAAAGCCUGCUGGGGCUGGCAGCAGCACAAUAGGGAGGCGGGGCAGGGAGGCAGAUCUGCUGCCUGAAGCAAGUGGCUUCAUCUUGCCUAAUGGAUGGGCCGCCCCUGAUGAUGACACCAGUGGCCUCCUCUAGGUCUCUGUUUUGGGCCCUGAAAUCUCGGGGUCUGGGGUGCUCCUGACCUGGGCCAACCCUAAUUAUUAUUACUGUAUUUUGCUAAAUUUAUAAAUUUAUAAGCCAGCAACUUACACAGGGGUUAUAUUCCAGGGAUUGCACCUAAAGCCAAAAUUGCACAUAGUCAAAACACAUUGGGUGCAAUGGCGGUUGGGAUUGCAGAAGUCUUUUUUCCCCUAUCUGCCCCCUUAAUAUAUACUGUCUAUUUUUUAAUCUUUCCCAAGUCCAUAAGGCUGAAUGUGCACAAGAUACAUGCACGCAGGUUGUGGGCUUACUGUACAGUACUGUAAUUCCUCCAAAGGAUCCCAGGGUGGCAAGCAUGUCAGUACCAAAAGAAUACCCUGAGUGAUUUAGCCACCAAUCCCUUUUCCCAGGGAAUUGUAGCUGUGGGAGGGGAAUAGCAGUCUCCUAACAACUCUAGUUCACAGACUUUUCAGUUAAAACAGGAGUGGGGAACAUUUUUUCAGCUUGAGGGCCACAUUCUAUUCUUGACAAGUUCCUGGGGGCCACAUGUCAGUGGUGGGUGGGGCCAAAGGCAAAAGAGUAACAAAUGUAAAUCUUACCUUUGUGCAAUUGGUUGGUUUCUAUAUACACAUUCUAUUCCCCAUCCAGAUAAGCAAGAGCAUUAUCACAGUUCAAGGACAGAUUCCAGCCAGGCAAAACCCUCAAGGAGGUUGCCGAGCUGGGCUCUGGAGGAGGUGUGGCCUGGGGAGAGUCCCAAGGGCCAGAUGGAGGGCUGUGGAGGUCCACAUGUGUCCCCUGGGGCUGAGGUCCCCCGUCCCUGGGUUAAGAAUCAAAGACGCCCAAGAGAAGCACGAUAGAGGAUGAUAAAAGCAUGUGUUGCGUGAAGAAAGUGGGGAGGAAGGCGAUUUACCCACCCUCUCUUGUAAUAAUGAACUCGGGGCUAGCCAACAAAACUGACUGGCAAGACAUCCAGGACAGCCAAAAUAAAUUUAAUUCAUCACAUAGUACAUUGUUAAUUUAUUGAAUUGGCUGCCUCAGGAGGUGGUGGUGAUAGCAACUGCUUUCCCUGGCUUUGAAAUGGGAUAGGACACAUCCAUGGAGGAAAAUCGAUGGCUCCAGGAUUUGGGAGUGGGCUCAGGCACUGAACUCUCAUUGGGCCCCCAUAAUUUGGAACAGCCAUGAUGCACAAACUGAGACUUCUCCCAGGCUACUCCUGAUCUUCCUGGGUGUUUUGUUCGAAGAAGAUGUUGCAGCGCCAUGGGUCUUGGGGCCCUGGUAAAUACCAAGCGCUGCCAACCUUCUGGAACCAGCCUUACUGCCACAGCUAAAAUAGAACUUCCAUGUCCAGAGGCACAAUAUCCAGAGAACAGGGAGGCCAAUUACAGGGGAGGACUGUUUCCUCCAUCCCUUUGCUUGUGGUCUUCCCAAAAAACAUCUGACUGACUGGCCUUGGAAACAGGGCAUCGGAUGAGAGUGACCUUUGGCCACAUUCAGAAACAAGAUUCUUGGAAGUGGUGGGGACUGUGGGGCCUCCUAACUUGGGUUCAUGUCCUAUGGGCAGCCUGGGACACAGGGCCAUGUCUUUCCCAGGAAUGGGCAUUUGGAAAAGCUGCCCUGUGGGGUUUCCAAGCAGACUUUGGCCCUAACCUUGGAAGAAUCAAUAUUUACAGAGUCCAGUUGGAGGCCUGAAUGUUGAGUUGGGGGGAGAAAUCUCCCUCCGCAGCCACCUUUCCCAAGGCCACUACUAAAAGCUAGGGAGGGAGGAUGGGUGUUGGCGCACAAAAAUACUAGAGUAUCAGGGGUGAAUGACCCCCUCCUCUUGCUCCAGUUUGGUUUGCAUCAUACAAGGAAAGGCUGCAAUGCAGUGGGUACAGCACAUUUGGGGAAGGGCCAUAGCUCAGCGGUAGAGCAUCUGCUUUGCAUGCAGAAGGUUCCAGGUUCAAUUCCUGGCAUCUCCACGUAUCCCUGGCAAAGACCCGACUGAAAUCCUGGACAGCCACUACCAGUCAAUGUAGACCGAGAGCUAGAUAGAUCCAAGAUCUGAGGCAGGUUCUUGUGUUCCGAAAUUCACCUGACUGUGCGGGAGGGGGGGGGUAGGAAAUCACUUAUGAUUGUCUACUGGGGAGUAAGCCCCAUUUCCCAUCAGUGAGAUUUGCUCCAACGUCAGUGUGCAUUGGGCUGCUGAAAUAAAUGAAAAAUAUUAAAUCAGUGAAUACAUUAAAAAUAAAGUGCAUGCCAAGGAAGAUUUUGCCCAAUGAUUUUUUUAAAAAUUAAAAUCAAUUUUUAUUGUUAACCACUUGGGAGCUGGCUGAAAUGUAGGUUUUACAAUGCGUGGGGAGAAAGAAAAAUAAAUUUAAUAAACAAUUAAAAAAUAAAAUCGCAUUGGGGAAAUAUGUUCCAAAAAAUUGUAUUUCACCAAGAGGCUCAUUUCACAACAGGCUUAUUUGUUGGAAGCCGCCCAGAGUGGCUAGGGCCCUCCUAGUCAGAUGGGCGGGGUAAUCAUCAUCAUCAUCAUCGGAGCCACGUGCUGAAGACGAGGCCACUUUCAGAGAGGCCGGGGAGCCCCCUUUCUCCACUCCAACACCAGGGGGCGCUCUCACACGUCAGCGCGCCUACUGCAGCUCAUAUGCCUCAGCCCAGAACGGAAGUGAUGCCUUGCCCUUGUCACGUGCGAGCCGUGGCCGUUAUAUUUUUUGUAUUUUGAGGGGGGGGGCAUGCCUUUAUUUCUCUGAUUAUUUCUCCCAUGUCCCGAGAGAAGAGAACUAGAAUCGUAAUGCCGGUCAUUGAUUUUUAUAAAAUAGCUAGCCGAGCGCCUGUCACGUGGGGCCGCGCCGAUCAUGUGACGGCGGCCAACCUGCCUCGGGGCGGGCGAGGGAACAUGGCGGACCCCAUGGCUGCUUCCCUUGUUGUUAGGCAAAUCAGCGUUGCGAGGCGCGCAUGCGCAGAGGGGGGUGGUAUCCGUUGAGGAAAGGAGAGGUGAGGAGGGGGGGCGGAUGGGGGGUCCUGAGGAGACGGGGGGACAGGGAAGGGGGGCGCCCAGGAGCUUUGGACCGAGCGAGGGUCGGCGGCAGCAGCCUGGGGACCUAGAUAUGGGGCAGCCCCAAGAGGCGGGUUGGAGGGAGCGGGGAGGCUCCAGCAGGCCCGAAGGGACCCAGGCGUCCGGCGCACCCAAGUGGGGGGUGGCUGGUAGCGAGGAGGGCCUCGCAGGGCCGGCGGCAACGCAGGAGCCACGGAAGCUGGAGCGGAGGGACGUAGGGACCCAGGUGUCCUGGGGUCCAGGCGUGGGGGCCCUUGACAAUGGGGGGAUCCAGGCCCCAGCCGUGGGGAAGGCCCCGCAGGGACAGGGUGGCCCGAGGAGAGUCACGAUGAGCAGAUGGGGGCCUCGUGGGUUUGGGGGCCCCCCAGGCAGCGGGAGCCUGGAGAGCCUGGGCCGCCCUCCGCCCGGCUCAGGGAGGAGCAGCCAAGCAGCGAGGCAGGAGAAGAGAGCCUCGUGGUGCGUGGGGGUCUGCGAGUCCUGCGUGGCUGUGGCCGUGAAGGGAAAGGGCGCCCCCAAAGAGGUGGGGACCCAGCUCUCUCACAGGGAGGAUUGGGAGUUGGGGGCGGGGGGCCCCGGGGUGGUCAGGGGAAGAGGCGGCGAGGAACCAGAGUUCCCGGCGCGGGGCGUCAGCCGCAGCCACUCCGGGGGGAUCUUGGGGCAUGUGGGUCCCCAGAGGGAUCCUGUAAGGGGAGCUGGGAUGUGGGUCCAGAAGGAGUGGUACCGGGACCCUGCGGAGGCUUCUGGGCAGGUCUGGGUGCCCCGCAAGCCAGCCAGGGCCUCUGAUAGGAUGGGGCUGCCGUGGCUGCAACGGGAAGCCAGUCCCCAGGGGAAGCAGAGAGAGUGGAAGCCCGAAUCUAGGGGUGUCGGUUGUUCCCCAGAACGUAGCCAGGUCUGGAUCCCCCGAGAGAAGCCAGUUCCUGCGGGUGGGGGUCCCGGGGAUGUCUGGAUUCACAAGGUGAGGGAUCCCUCUGGGGCUGGGAUCAUGUGGGUCUGGGCCAAGGUGACAAAUUGUAAUGAAGAAGAUGAAGCAGAGGAGACCAGGGUUUGGACCUUCCGUAAGGAGGGCCCUAGGAAAGGGGGGCAAGGUGAGGGUGGAUAUGGGGUAUCUUAGGGCGGGGGUCUAUUUGGGGGGCAUGGGUUGGGGGAGGGAGAUACUGCACCUGGGAGGGAGGGGGGAGGAAAUGCUAGGCUCAUACCUGAGGGAAAGGGUUAGAAAUAAGGAUGAUUUCAUAUGGGGAGAUCCUGUCUAGAGGACUAGGGAGUAGAGGAGGGAGGGUGGAGCAGAGAGACCUUGCUGGAUUAUUCCUGGGGUGGCUACAGCCCAGUAUCCUUGAGAGAAUCUGGAGUGGGGUGGCGGCGGCUGCCACCAGGGGAGGGAGCAGAGUCCAAGGCGCCUCUGGCCGCACGGGUAAGUCGGGGUCCGGAGGCUCCCGGGGGGACCUGAAUGGACCGCAUGCUGUUGCAUGCCAGGGUAGGAGCUGGGGGUGCUGGCGACUGGGGCGGGAGUGUUGAAUUUGCAUGAAUUACUGUAAUUCAAGGAUGGGCCUUCAUGGGGAGGAGGCGUCUGUUCUGUUCAUUGGGCACCAUGUGAAAAACGGGGCAGGGCCCUACCUGACAGUUGAACCUGGGACCUUCUGCAUGCAAGGCAGGUGUUUAUGACUGUGUUGUGGACCUUCCCAAAUAGAACUCAUGUCUUGGUAUGUGUCGGCAUGGAAGGACUGGAGCUCUUCCCCAUUAUUCCUUUUCCUGUAUGUACAAGGACAGUGAACCGAACCCUAUGUCUGGCAGCUGCUGAAUGGAUCCCUUUCUGCAGAAGUGGCUUGCCCAGUGUGGGGCGGGCCUGCCGCGCCUGCUUGCCAGCAGCAAUGUCACUGCUGCUUAUAGGGAGGGGUGAAGUGUUGGGGAAAUCAGGGCUGUGUGGGCACCCUGGUGGAGCCAUUCAAGUACUCCCAUUGGUGCACAUAGACAGCUCCAACUUCCCCCUGCCUCCUGAUAAAAGGCAGCGACACCACUGCCAGGAAGCCAGCUCCAUUUCCGCCUUCCUGUAACAUUGUGAUCAACAAAGCAAGAGAUAGUGGUGACAGUAGACUUUUAGCCACAGAGAGCUCUCCCCAGCUAACCAGUUUCUGCCCUUCCAGGAGCUUAUGCGAUGCAGGUGAGCCAGGGAGCAACAUUACUCGCUUUGGCGCUGUGUGCAGUCUUCUCGCUAGGUCUGGGCACGGAAGGCAAACGGAAGCUCCAGAUUGGGGUCAAGAAGCGGGUGGACAACUGCCCCAUCAAGUCCCGCAAGGGUGAUAUGCUCCACAUGCAUUAUACGGUGAGUGCUGCAGGCGUGAUGUGGAAAGGCAGGUCAGUGUUAGCUGAGCACCUUGAGGUUUGCGGGGUCUUUUCCAGAAGCCACGGGGGAGAGACAUAAUUGUCAAAGGGUGAAUUGUAAUCCAGUGGAGAACCUGUCGGGCCUUCCAUGCAUUUCUAGACUCCAGCCCCUGCUCUCUCAUCACAGAGUUGUGGCUCUUUGGGAAGGGCUGGGGGACCUGCCUGCCUGCCUCCAGGUAUUGCAAAACUUCAGCUCCCAUCAUCCCUGACUGUUGGCCAUGCUCACUGUGGUUGAUGGGAGCUGGAGCCCAACAGCCGGGAGGGCCUGCAGGUUCCCCAUCCCUGACCUGAAGCAGUGAGAGUCAGCAACUCCUGCCAAAAUUGGUGUGUGUGUGGUUGCUAAGUUGGUGGGGUUGGGUUUGUUUAGGAAGGCAGACGUCUGUGGGUGACCCAAGUUCAAAGCUUCAACAGAAAGAAAUAAAAGAAAAAAAGAAUCCCACUGUAAAUUAGGCACACGUGUCUUGUGUCUCAUGGAACUGUCUACUCCUUGACAUCUGAAUUCAGCAACCCCUCUGAGAUUUCACUAGGAGUAUCUCCAAGGCUUUGACGGAAAUUUUUGUGACCAUAAGGACUAGAUGCUUAGCUUUUUUAAAAAAGGAAUUCUUGAAGCAACUGAAUUCUGCACCCACUACUAAAUGCUGCCACUGCAGCAUAUGCUUGGCUCAGCUGCUUUUUUCAGCCAUGCAUCCUUGCUGACUCAGACAAUGACUGCUGUGUUACAUGGCAAUUUGAAUGCAGGAAAUGGACAACCAGAGAAAAAUUCUGUGUUCCCUGUGUGAGGAGGAGAAGGGGGUGGAGCUUUUACCCCCCUUUGAUUCCAACCAUAUGGACAUGAGGUUACUCUACCUCGUUCCUUUCUGCAAUUUCCAGACCUAUGUUUGGCCAGAGAACAUAAGCAGAGCCCCUCUGGAUCAAACCAAAGGCUACCUAGUUCAGUUUCCUCUUUCCCAUAGCAGCCAGCCAGUAUGCUACUGAAUUCUGUGUUGCUGGGAAUCACAGUUAGGGAGAGCAGCAUUGCCCUCUGGUUCUGCUCGCAUGCUUCCCAUUGAGAACAGAGUGCUAGACUAGAUGGGCCACUGGCUUCAUGCAGCAGAGCUCUCUUUUAUGCAGCUAGAUCCUUCUGGGAAUCCCAUAAGCAUGACAGCAAUAGCCGCCUCUCACUAUUUUCCCCCAGCUAAUGGGACUCAAAAACAAUCCUGGGGGUUGCAUCAUGAGAUUAGUGUCUGGUAGCCACUGAUAGUCUUGUCCUCCCUUUUUAAGUUUUUUUUUAAGGGAUGUGUUUGUUUUAUAAAUUAAAAAUUUAUGUGUAAGUGGACCUGGGAUCGAAUCAUGAAGGGUGGGUCAGAAAUGUACCAAGUAAAUAAAUAAUCCCCUUUUAAAACCAUCUCAAUUUGGCAGUUAUCCCUGCUCUGUAUGGUGGCAGGAUUCCAGAGUUGAGGGCCCCUGGUCAUCUGAGCAGCAGGGGAAAAGAGGGUGGGUGUAUUAAUUUCAUGUCCUGCUUGUGGCCUUCUCAACAGGCGUUUCAUUAACCAUUGUUAGGAAACAGGGCCCUUGACCUGACUCACCUUUGCUCUGACCCAGCAGGGCUUCCGCCUCUCAGGUUCUUAUGAGUCACUUUCUGCAGUGGAGCAGUGAAUCACUGAGUGAUAGACGCUCAUGUGUGAAUGUGCCCUGAGUUAGUCAGUCAGUGAGAGAGCAAGGCUGAGACACCCUGGGGUUUCUUUACUAGGGUGGAGCAGGGAUGGGGAACUUUCAGCCCUCCAGAUGUUGUUGAACUCCCAUCAGCCCAGCCAGCAUGAUGGGAGUUGUAGUCCAGUGAUGACUGGACUCCGGAGGGCCACAGGAGGGCCAUCCUCCUGCUGUGGAGGGUGUUUGUAAACAUGUGCUUAGUUAAAACUGCACGUAGUUAAAGCUAUGGAAUUCACUUUAUUAAGAUGUAGUGAUGACUUAUAAAAGAGUAGACAAAUCCAUGAGGAACCAGGCUAUCAGUGUCUGCUAGCCACACUGGCUCCCUUGUCUGUAUGUCUCUGAAUGUCUGUUGCUGGGAAUCACAAGUGGGAAGAGAAGAAGAGUUUGGAUUUGAUAUCCCGCCUUUCACUCCCUUUAAGGAGUCUCAAAGCGGCUAACAUUCUCCUUUCCCUUCCUCCCCCACAACAAACACUCUGUGAGGUGAGUGGGGCUGAGAGACUUCAGAGAAGUGUGACUAGCCCAAGGUCACCCAGCAGCUGCAUGUGGAGGAGCUGAGACGCGAACCCGGUUCCCCAGAUUACGAGACUACCACUCUUAACCACUACACCACACUGGCUCUCAAGAGUUGCGCUUGGGUCCUGCUUGCGGCCUUCCCGUCGAGGCAUCCAGUUGGUCACUGUGAGAACAGGGUGCUGGACUAGAUGGGCUCUCUUUGGGCUUACUUCACAGGGCUCUUCUUCUUUUGGGAUAAUAAGCAUAGCAUCUUGGAUGUUUUAAGAAGAAACCCUGGCUGGCUCACACCCCUUUUAACAUCUGCACUCUCUCAUAGGGCAAGCUGGAGGAUGGGACAGAGUUUGACAGCAGCCUGACUCGUGGUCAGCCGUUUAUCUUCUCCUUGGGGACUGGACAAGUCAUUAAAGGCUGGGAUCAGGGCUUGCUUGGGUAAAUUCUUCCUCCCAGCAGGGAUCAGGUGUGGCAGUGACCGCUGUGUUGUGGUUGCUGGUUUUCAAGCACCCGAACGGGGAAAAGAAGCAAUUUCUCCAGUGGCAAGUCAGAAGCACAGAUUUUCACUCUCCCUUCUCAAAGGAUGCUUGAAAGCUCCUAAAACUUUAUUUAUUUGGGUCUCCUGGAACUUUUUUUUUUUUUAAUAAAGAGCAGAGAAUUCCAUAAUCUGGGCAUGACCUCAAGGAAGGGCUUCUGCUGUAUUCCAACUGCAUCUGCGGCACCUUUGGCAGGAAUGUUGGGGGAGAGCACUCUGUGCAAUUGCACCCCGGAGAUCUAGCUGGCAUCUUCUAAUGACCUUUUGCCGUCUUUUGAAAAUCCAUCUGUCCCGGCUCAUUUUAUUUAUUAAAGUGUCUUGUUAAUCAGGACGGUUCAUCUAUCCUGUGUUUCUCUCCAGUGUUAACUACAUUUAGUGGCUUCUUUUUCAUUUGUAUGUAAUUUUUAUAUUGAUAGCUGCCCCUAGGCAACGUUAGAAGGGAAGGUUAAGUGAUAUGAAUGAAGUAAUUAUUUUCGAGUCAGAUUCCAGCCCUCCUGUUUUGUGUUGCUUUUAUACAGCAGCAAAGCCGUGUACUGUAUUUGGUUGGUAACUGAAUUUAUACUGUUCCUUUGGUCUUUCUAGGAUGUGCGAGGGUGAGAAGAGAAAGCUGGUCAUUCCCUCCGAGCUGGGUGAGGAGCUGGAAUGUGGGAUGGGGAGGGGGAAGAAAUUGGGCUCCUGGGUUCAGAACGUGCCCCAGGGAGGUGGCAGUGGCAAGAUGUUCUAAGGAGUUGCCAUCAGCAUUUUUUGGCAGGGGUCAGUGGGAGUUGAAAUCCCACAGCAAUCGCACAGAUCGCUCCAUCCCUGCACUAUGGGAACUCUUUGAUCUCUUGGGUAACUUUGCCAUUUUUCUCCCUUUGCUCACAGGUUAUGGGGACCGGGGAGCACCACCCAAAAUCCCAGGUAAAUCGUGCAUGCCCUUUCCCCCUUGGAAUCAGUCCUGCUAUGGAUUCUGAACAGAUGGGCGGGGGCUUCCUCCCCACCCCAAGCGAAGUGUUGAUACCAUGUUCUUAACCUGCCCUCUCCCUACUGGCCUUUUGAAAACCAGGAGAUGAGAAUGGAAGGGAUCAAAACCUAGUGGCCCCACUCGAGUUCCAGGCAGUCAGCUGUGGGGCCAUCAAAGCUUCCAGGGGCCCUCUGGCACCUGCUCUAGGGGCUGGGAUGGGUAGUGCUUCUUCCCAGCACCGCUCCCUCCAGCCUGCACUUGUGAUGUCCCUUUCUUUUUUUCCCCCAGGUGGCGCAACCUUAAUCUUUGAAGUUGAGCUGCUGAAGAUUGAGCGAAGGCAGGAAUUUUAG